GUGUCACUAAGCCGUCUAAAUUUUUCUUUCUUUUAUAAAUUGUGAAGUGAGACGUGCUUGUUCUCUCCGAGCUAAGGCCAAAAGGCGACUUGCACGUAUAUUAUUAAAAAUGGCAACGAAAGCCGAAUUAGCUUGCGUUUACUCAGCUCUAAUCCUUGUUGAUGACGAUGUUGCUGUUACUGGUGAGAAAAUCUCGACCAUUCUGAAGGCUGCGGGUGUAGAUGUUGAGCCUUAUUGGCCAGGUCUAUUUGCCAAGGCGCUCGAAGGUGUGAAUGUAAGAGAUCUCAUCACAAACAUCGGAUCUGGUGUGGGAGCCGCGCCGGCUGCUGGAGCGCCUGCUGCUGCCGCCGCCGCGCCUGCCGCUGAAGCCGCCAAGGAAGAGAAGAAGGAAGAGGAACCUGAAGAGUCCGAUGAUGACAUGGGCUUCGGUCUAUUUGACUAAAAAGCUUUACUUUAAAGCUAUGGUAUUCCAUUGUAAGCUUUAUGAAGCUUUUAGUUUUAAGGAAAUGACUUUAUAAAAAAAGUUUAAAA